CAGUCCCACAGGAGCCUUGGACCCGUUCCCGUUCUCGUUGGAAAGUGGAAGCUAGGACACCAAACUCCAAGGCUCGGAGCUCAGCAACGGUGCAGAUUACGGGAAAAUGUCGACGGGAGAAGAUGACCUGGUGUUUGAGAGUUUAUUAAGGAAAAGGAAAGAUCGAAUGAAGCUGAAGUGGGUAACCUACUGGUUCAGGCUGGAAAACACUGCCCUGUUCUUCUACUCGAAAAAGCAUGGAAGCGCUCAUCUGAAAGGACAGUAUUACCUAUGCAUGGUACAGUCUGUGCGGCAGAUCCACAAGGCUGAGAGCAAGCGCUAUGUUUUCGAAAUCAGCCUGAAAAACGGGAAGAGAAAACUCCUGGCGUCAGACACAGCGGACCUGAGACAGACCUGGGUGGAACUGCUGUGGAAAGCCAUGCAGCUCCCUGGAUCCAGAAACUCUGACACGGCCUGCAACUGUCUCCAUGACGCUGUCGAGUCCAGGCACGAGGUGGCAGCAGUCAGGCAGAGUCGCCAUGGCAGCAGCUCCGGGUCUGACAAUGGGAAGGGGGCGUGGGAGACCGAGCAGUUCCACCCUACCUCGGAUCAGUGGGACCAGCCUCCACCGAGCCAGGACUACCGCCUCUCCAUCACUCCUCAGGCCACGCCCCCGAACCCACCUUCACUCACUGGACCCUUCUAUGAUGGUGGCACAUGGAGAAGCAGUUUUGGGCAGGAGGAAGAGGAGGAGGGAGGAGAUGAACUGCAGGAGGAAGGACACUACGAUGUUCUGCCACCCAGAACCUCUCGGUGUCUCAUUAGCCAAGAGGAAGAGGACAUUUAUGAUGUCCCACUGUGCAACAUGAGAGCCACUGAGGACUGGCAAUCAGGUUACAGAGAGUUGACAGAGAGUAUCUACGAUGUUCCAAAAUCCCUACUGGAAAAGAUGGCAGAACAGAGCCUCGAAGCCCACACUGAAGGUGACUGGCCCGCAAGCGCCAGAGAAUUCUUGGACAGUGACGGGGUUCAUUUGAGAGGCGAGACGGAGGGGUGGAUGACGUCCAUCGCUGAUGGUUAGCCAUCCUCAACAUAGUGUGACUCAAUAAGGAGGCACUAGAAUAGGGGGGUGUAGUUUGUAGAGGUACGUUUCAACCAACAGUGGACUGGAACCUGGAACAACAGGGGAUUCAGCAAGAUGCCGACUGGUGGCUCCAGUAAAAUCAUUCAAGAUCGGACACCUAUGGGUCCAAAGUGGACACCACUGCACUGG